UGACGUUUUAUACGGUGUACCCCCGUGUACACGGUUUUACACGGCGAUUACACCCCUUGCCCCUGUGAUUAUGUACUAUGUAGAAAAGUAGAAACCCUAGGAACACAACUACCAUCAAUCAGCUGUUUGAGACGUAUGAAAAGUCAACAGAAUUUUUGUCAACAAAGUGCAUGAAUGGCUAAUGGCUUUUGGUGGAUAGUUUUUACAUAAGAAAAUGGCCAUGCUAUCUACAGUUAAUCCAGUUUGUUAUCUUAUUGAAAGACAGUAUAAGGACAAUUUAAGUAUACAAAAUAAAUUAUUUAGUGAAAGAUUAGUGAAAGCAAGAAACUUGUAUAGAAAAGAUUUGCUGGCACAUUAUGGGUGUGUGAAUGCUAUAGAAUUUUCAGAAAAUGGGGAAUACUUGGUUUCAGGUGGUGAUGAUAAACGGGUACUGCUAUGGAAGCUUGCGACCGCCAUGUUCGAUAAAGGUACUCCGAUCGUCAUGCGAACACCACAUGGCAGCAACAUAUUCUGCUUGUCGCUCGAUUCGCGUAACGAGAAGAUUUUUUCUGGCGGCAACGAUGACCAAGUGCUCAUGCAUGAAAUCUUAACCCGCAACUUAAUAAUGGCUAUUCCACACGAGAAGCCAAUUUAUGGUAUAAGUAUUCAUCCUCAAAAUGACAAUAUUAUAGCUACAGCUGGCGAAGAUGGAAGGAUAUUGCUUUUUGAUGUCAGAGAAGCUCCUAUAACAGAAGCACAAACGCUAGCUCAACAAAAUAGUGGUUUUCACUCGGUUAUGUUCAAUCCGACGAAUCCUCGAUUUUUGGUAACUGCCAAUGCUGACGAGGGAAUUAGCUUGUGGGACUGCAGGAAACCAAAAAACGAGCUGGUUCGCUACGACUCUCAGGGAGGAAAGACUAGCGGAAUCAGUGCCGGUUUCGACACGAGCGGCAAACGGGUUGUCGCUCUACGCCGUCGGCUGCCGCCGGUACUAUAUGCCACCGAGUCGGAGCAUGCGCUCUGCCAGUUCUACCAUCCGCAAUACUACAACUCGUGCACCAUGAAGACGUGCUGUUUCGCAGGUGCCAACGAUGAGUAUGUCCUCAGCGGAUCGGAUGAUUUCAAUUUGUAUAUGUGGAAGGUGCCCAAUGAUAACAGUGAAUGGGGUACCUCCCAUAUCGUACUCAGAGGUCAUAGGUCAAUAGUAAAUCAAGUUAGAUACAACAAUCACAACCAUUUACUAGCAUCUUCAGGAGUUGAAAAAAUGGUGAAGCUUUGGAGUGCAAUACCAAUUGGAAAUUGGAAGGGAUCUAUCAUGAAAGAAUACACAGAUCCCACGAGGGCUAUAUAUACGCAUGAAGAUUAUGUUAGUCUUGUAGGAACCACAGAGAGAAUAAACCAUGACUAUAGCGAUCAGUCGACGAAUGAAGAUGCCAAAAUGAUGGCGUUCUUCGAUUCCCUGAUACAGAGAGAGAUCGAAGGCUGGGAUUCACAAUCUGAGGAGUCACUUUCCAGUAAUAGUGCUAGCGACGGUGAACAGGAUUGGGCCAAGGUGAUAUCGAAAAUAUUCAAAAACGGCAGGCAUUCGGAAGAAACGCGGAAGUUCAAAACAAAUAGAAUUACACAACUAAUAUCAAAAAAGAAAAAUCGACUAGCAAAAUUAGCUCACAAUAAAUCAUCCAGUUACAUUCAAAGGCGGAAUAAUCACCAGGAGAAGGCACAGGCACAUAAAAAGAGAUUAGUAAAAUCGAAAGCGCUGCCUCGUAAACAUAACGGUUUUCACAAACGAUCCUACAGAAAAAGUUCUUCAGAUAGAGAACACCGUAGGAAGAAAUCUGUCAAAGAACCAAGGUCUUCCAAGUAUUUCACUAGGCAGAGCUUAAGAAAUGCCGGAGAACAGAAUAGUUCGAUAGAUGCUCCUAGUACUAGUACGGGUAUUACUAGCUCAAAGAGCGCCCUGUUCCGUCUUAUAGAACAGGACUCUGACGAGGAACCAAGAAAUUCAACUGAAAAUGCUGAAGAGGACGGAAAUACGGAAGAAGUAGUAGAUCAAAAUAAUUUCAUUAGUAUCUUACCCACCCCAAUCAAUGGGACUAAGGAUAUAUUGAUCAAUGUGUUAGAAAUGGCGAAUACGAAUCUAUCCCAAAAUCAAAGGUCUCAUCCAGUCAGGAGGUCGCAACACCAGCAAGAGGAGGCAGCUUCGCAUUCGAGCAACAGCAGUCGCCAGGCAGUAGAUGACGGAUUCAGCGACACCAGUGAUAGCGACCUUGAAUACGGACGCACCCCGAAGAGGAGAUGCAUCAGCGCUGCGUCAGACAGCGGCUGUUGCCCUAGCUCCAGCGCUAGCACGUGUUCCACCAGAAACGCUAGUCUAGAAAAAGUGCCGUAUCCGAAAACCCACCAGGCGUGUUCAUCAAGUCGUGCUGCCGGCGAAAGCUCAGAUGAAGAGGGCGGCCGUCGGUACGAGAAGAUCAGAAGGAGAGCGAGAAACUCCAAGGCGAUCGCGGCCCGUAGGAAAAUAUCACACGACUCUGAUUCUAAUUAGUGCUUUUCCAUUAUCUCCUUUAAUCCCCUUCUUUCUUUCCCUUUUCUAUAGCGCUUGCGGCGUUUUGUGUGAUAGGAGUAGACGAUUUUGCGCAGUGACGGUACUGCGGUCACGGCCAUACACCGACACUUAACUAUUUGUAAGUACAGGGUUGCAAAAAAGAACCUUGGUUUAUAACAUUUUAUUUCAGCGAUUAUUAAAAAAAUGGUUUAAAAAAUAUGCUAUAUCAAUGCAAAAUUAGGUAUGAAAUUCAAAUUUUGAGGAUAUCAUUCAAGGAUAUACAGCAGACGCUCGAUAAUGUAAACUAAUUUAAUCCAAGUGUGGUUCACAUUAUCGAAAUGUUUACAUUAGCGAACGUGAUUUAUAUAAUAUUUGAUUUAUUAAAAGAAACGUUUAAUACAUACGAUUUAUAAUAAAAUAAACAAAUAUUCUAACAGCGAUAAGUAUUUUUUUAAUUAGAAGAAAAAUAAUUAACAAUUUUUGUCUGCGUAAAUUUGCGCUUAGCAUUGUCUUCCAAUGCCUGCGCCCUUAAUUUACGAAGAACUAAAAUAUCCGUGUAUGAAACUUCUUUUCUUUCAGCCCAAUCUAAAGCUUGGUUAAAAAUUUGUAAUGGGAUCGUUCUCAUCAUCCUCACUGUCCAUAUCCUCCUCCUUAUCAGCAUCAUUCGUCUGUUUAUCUUCGUUCCAUAAACUAAUAUCAGCAACAAACAAUGUUGGGAUUCACUGUUUUCAAUAAAUCAACAUCAAAUGACACACUAAUAACAUUAUCAUUAUUGGAUCGCAAACGUUCUCUAAUUACGCUUAAGGGGCAUCGUCUUCUUCAUCAUCUUCAUUAUUGGAACAAAAGAGAUUGUUCCAUCAUUUUUGAAUAGUUUGCUGGUUAAGUUCAUUCCAGGCCAUAUGUAAAUCUAAAACAGCUUCUCGUAAUGUUACUUUUUUUAAAGCCUCAGAUAAGUUUUCAGGAUUCUUUGAUAAGACAGACGAAAGUAGAAACUUCCUAUAGUAUAGUUUGGUGAGUCUUAUUAUAUUCUGGUCCAUCGGUUGAAUUAACGGUGUUACGUUGGGCGGCAUGUACAUGACGAAAAUUGACCCAUCCCUGCUCCUCAGUUGUUGCUCGGGAGGAUGGCUUGGUGCAUUAUCCAAUAGUAACAACGCUUUUAUUGGAAGCUUCUGUUGUUUUAGGAAACCUUUUACCUACAAAUUGAAAACAAAUUAUGAAUAGAGCAUUUGUGAUAAUUGAUUGUCAUACCUGAGGGACAAAGCACCUGUGGAACCAUUUCAGGAAUAUACUGCUAGUCAUCCAAGCGGUUUUUGAACAGUCAUAAUCAACAGGGAUAUUAACAUUUUUAAAUAAGCGCGGAUUUUUUGCUUUCCCAAUUACCAGUGGCUUUAUUUUGUGUGAACCAUUAGCAUUAGUGCAGGCUAGAAACGUUAUUCGUUGUUUCUCCGGCUUUCUUCCCGGGGCAGAUUUUUCAAAUGAUGCAGCAUAGGUUUUCUCUGGUAACAUUUUCCAAUAAAGGCCACUUUCAUCUGCGUUGUAAAUUUGUUCCAUUCUUAAAUCUAGCUCGGUAAUUGUUUUCAUCAAUUUUUCUUUGAAUGGUUGCACUAAUUGUGGUUGUACUGAUAAUUUUUCACCAGAUAUAGACAGCAGUCGAAUUCCAUAUCUUGUUUUGAAUCCUUGUAGCCAGCCAUCACUAGCUACGAAAUUUUCAGUUUCUUUCAGUUUUUCAUUUAACAGUCUCGCUCUCUGUUUAAGUACUUCGCCACUAACUGAGACAUGAUUUUCCCGUUGUUUUAAAAACCACUUAUACAGGGAAUUUUCCAUUUUAGGUGCCUUCGCAUUUUUUAAAGUUUUUCUUUUUCCCGGACCUCCAAAUGUAUUGCACGUUCUUUGUAAAAUUUGAGUUUUCAUACGCUUAAUUUUACAGAUUGUUGCUUUCGAUACUCCAUAUUUUUUUGCUAACUGUGUCACUUCCGCACCUAGUGCAACUUCGUCUAUGAUUUUCACUUUCUCACUCAACUUUAAACUCUUUCUUUUAUAGGAUGUGGAUGCCAUAGUCGUAAAAUAUAUUAGCGCGUGCAAUGUAUUCACUUAAGUUCAAAAAUGAAAUACAUACGUACGUAUAAACGUAUCCUAAACGAUCAUACGACUGACCGAGUUUGUCGUAUUUUAUCGCAGAGGUGAAUCCCCUACACUCUACAUCAUAAAUCGGGGACUCCCCGACGCCCGACAUAAAUCAUCGAGGCUUCAGCAUUUUACCGUACGCCAAGAGUUGUUUACGUUAUCGAGCGUACACAUUGUUUACAUUAUCGCGCGUUCCGUUUGAUCCUAUAGAACGAAGUUUGUGUUUACAUUAGCGCAAGUUUUCAUCAUCCCGUGUUUACGUUAUCGAGCGUCUGCUGUAAUAGGUAACUUUUUAUUGGGUGGUAGCCCGUCAUUUCAACAAAAUGCUAAUUGGGUAAAGGUUCACUGUGCAAAAUUACCUGUUUCUAUUGUAUCACUAUGCUUACACCGAGGCUAGCUAAUUCCAUGGUUAACUGUCCACCCGGUGUAAACAUGGCUAAUGAUGAACUCAAGGCUUUCCUAAUGUGUUGUGAACCGCAAGCACUCUUUGUGUUUUGAUUAUGUUGGCGUGAAAGGUGGUAGUUUGUACAUCAUGCUGACUGGUGGUCUCUGAUAAAGGCAGUAUCGAUUUGUGUUUGUGUUUUUGUCAAGUGGAAUACCUGAUGAGACUUAGGAAAACUUGCAUAUGAAAUUCAGUUAUUGUUGAGUCUAGAAAACACCGGACGAUUAUCAUCUAAAUAUAACUUAUUCAUAUUCUUAGCGAUUUAAUUUAUAAAUAUUCAGUGUGCUAGAGUUUCAAAAAAAGAUGUAUUAGUGCCACGAAACAGCAAGCAAAAAACGUCAAACCACCACCUACUUUUGACUUUACUUGCCCCCGAUUAGAUUAUUAAGAAAUCCAUUGUGCUUUCAGACGAAGAUACCCCAAGUUAGAUGCAUGAUUUUUUUUUCGAUAAAAUGAAUAUAAAAUCUAAUUGUAACAUUGACUGUGAAAAAUAAUUGUGAAUUCCACCUAAUGGUUACUGACUAUGCUCUGUCAUUAUGAUUUUGGGAGCUACAGGUUGAAGAAAAUCGUGUUUCUUAAGCUUUUUCCUUUGGACUGCGCUCUCACGAUGAAAUGUUGGAAGAGUGAUCUUUUAUUUCAACAAAGUCGCGAAUAAUCAUCAGUCAGUAGCUCAGAUAACCUUGUGGCAUAGUAUCUUCCCACUAUCUUCUAUAUAGUUUUUUCUUUUUAUGUAUUCGGAUAUUUUUUCCUAAGUCGGUACAAUUUUAUAUUGCAUUGUUGCAACUCAACCUUAUGAUUUUAUGUAUAAAAUUAUGAUACAAAUAUAUUCCUAAAAAUCAA